CCGCGCGCGGCGGUGUUUGAAUGGCUGUGAGUGGGGCUCGGCUUGGCAUCCGUGGGACGCUCCGAGCUGACGGGCGCGGUUCACCAGCACAGCGGCCGGGCUCAGGCGCUGCGGUACCAUGAGGCGCCGGCACUUAAGAGAUUAUGGCAUCUGAUACCCACCAUGUUAAAAAACGAAACUUCUGUAAUAGUAUUGAGGAUCAUCCCAUUGAUCUUCCUAGAAAGAGGAUCUCUAAUUUCACCAGUAAGAACAUGAAGGAGGUUAAGAAAUCUCCAAAACAGUUGGCUGCUUACAUAAGUAGAACAGUUGGACAAGCUGUGAAAAAUCCAGAUAAACUACGCAAGGUGCUCUACCACAGAAAGUUAGUUCGUCAUCCCUUCCCAAAUCUCUGUUACAAAACUAAGCAGUCCCCUGAAAGUGGGGACUGUGACAUGGCAAAUAAAGAAAACGAACUGGCUUGUGCAGGCCAUCUGCCUGAAAAUUUACACCAUGAUAGUCGAACAUUUGUCAUUAAUGCCAGUGACUCUGGUUCUUCACAGACAGAAAGCCCAUCAUCAAAAUACAGUGGUUUCUUUUCUGGGGUUUCUCAGGACCACGAGACAAUGGCCCAAGUUCUAUUCAGCAGGAAUUUGAGAUUGAAUGUAGCUUUAACUUUCUGGAGAAAGAGAAGUAUAAGUGAACUUGUUGCUUAUUUAGUGAGGAUAGAAGACCUUGGAGUUGUGGUAGAUUGCCUUCCUGUUCUAACUAAUAGAAUUUCUUUUAGUUUACAGGAAGAAAAGCAGUAUAUCUCACUUGGCUGCUGUGUAGACUUACUUCCUCUAGUACAGUCUUUACUUCAAAGCAAGUUUGAAGAAUAUGUAAUUGUUGGCUUAAACUGGCUUCAAGCAGUAAUAAAAAGGUGGUGGUCAGAACUCUCAUCCAAAUCAGAAAUUAUAAGUGAUGGAAAUAUUAAGAUUUUAAAGCAACAGCUGAGUAGAUUAUGGGAACAGGAAAAUCAUCUUACUUUGGUUCCAGGAUAUACUGGUAAUAUAGCUAAGGAUGUAGAUGCUUAUUUAUUACAGCUGCAUUGAGAGAGUUCAUCUUCUAAAGAAUAUUUGGUUAUUCAGACACCGCUGGAUUAUAUGAUUUCCAAAGGUAGGUCUCUCCUGAGACCUGUGAACUGUGGAAGAAGUAAAAACCAAUUUUUGUCUUUUAAAAAGCCACAUAAUGAAACCACUAAUGAAAUCCUAACAAUCUACUUCACAUUGAAGUGGAAAUAUCCAGAAGGAGCAGCUUCAACUUCAAUGAGGUGAAAGUGCACUAUGAAGAUUGUUCGCCGUUGCUGCAUGUAGAGUUUAUAUGGCCAUUUGGUAGCAUUGUUUAAGAACUGCUGGGUUCUAACUCAGUCCUGCAUCAGAAUAUCAUUUAUUGUAUGCAAAAACAAGAGAGGACUUAAUACCAGGAACUAUAAAGACCAAUCAUUAAUUUUUAUUGUGUUUUAUGAAGAAACACUUAAAUGUGUGCAGCUAUUUUCUUCUAUUGAAAAGACUUUGAAAGUUUAAAACAUCAUAGUAAGUAAUAUUAAAUUUUUUGUCCACACUGAUACCGUGUACAAAUGCCUUAAUUAUUGAUAAGCCAAUGUGUUAUAAUACAAAUAUCUCUUUUCAAAUAAUUAAAAGCAACCAUGCUUCUGGCAUGAUAAAAAUCAUGGAAUUAAAUCAGGGGUUUACAUUCAUGUAGAAUGUUGUUAAAAUAUGUUCUACAACAUUUUUUAAACUUGAUGAAUUUUUAGCAUCUCUGAUUUUCUUUUUGCCAGAAUCUUCAUGUUGUUUGUAUGUGUCAUUCUUAUAUAAAAAAAAAAAGGUGAAUAUGUAUUUGUAUGAAUGUUAAACUGGAAAUGUCCAUGGAGUUAGCUAAUUUAUAUUCACUUUUUAUUGUACAUAGAAUUCUAAUAUUUUUCAUUUCUGUAACAUUUAAACUUCAUUUGAGUAAAUUUACUAAAUAUUUCUAUUUUUUGCUUUUUUAAUUCUAAUUUUAUAUGAAAUCCAGUUCUUUGUCACUAAAUGUGUUCUGAAAAGUUCCAUACAAUGUUUCAGAAUUGUUUACAGUUAAUGUUGACAUUGUACUUUAAGUUCCAACGCAUUGCAUCACUACCUCCUCUAAUGGUUAGUAUGAAAUCCCAGCAAACUAUAUGCGAUUGUUUUUUUUUUUUUUUUUUAAUAUAACCAUUAGAAGCAUCAGUGUACUCAAUUCUAGAAUGUCUUAACAGUUUGAAUUGUACCUGUCUUAGAUGGAAUUGCAGUUUAAUACUACUUGUGCUGACCCAUCCAUCGUCUUUCUUUGAUAAGGAUUACAGGCUUCCAGACAGAUAAAUUGACUUCCUCUUCAUAUUCCAAUGUACGUCUUUAACACCUAAACAGUGACUGCUGAGAAGCCUCCCCAGCAUCUUUUCUUGCUAUGAAAAUGUUUAAAGUGUUACUUUUCACUGAUUUCUGUUGUGUAUAGCUAUUAUUCCAGAUAGCUAUGUACUCCACAGAAUGAACAUUGGUUCUAGUAAUUGAUUAUUAUAUCCUCAGAUUAGAGAUCACUGCAAUUUUGUGAUUGACAGCUGCGGUUUGUAAAAAGUCAUUUUUCAGCAUGUGGGAAUUUCAUAAACCUCCAUCAUCUCUGAAACCGUAAGAUUCGGAAAAACAAUCUUUUUUUCUUCUUAGUCCUUUAGUUUUCACUGUCUUAUUGAACCAUUUAGACAAGCUAAUGUGGUUCGGUUGGAGUGUGAUGCUAAUGAGAUUAAGGAUUUGAGUCUGAUUAAAUUCAUUAACUUUUCACAUACACAAAGUAAUUCCAUGGUUUCUGAUUACAUCUUUCUUUCAGUAUCCACCUAAUAAAUUCAACUUGUGAUCACAAAGAA